CGGGGUGCGUGUGCCCCUUUCUCCCGGCUGCCUUCCUUUCUUUCUUUUCUCCUUGAUUUCUUUCCCCCUCUCUCAGGUCAUCCCAUGGUUUUCAGGUCCCCUCUAGAGCUUUAUCCCACCCAUUUCUUCUUGCCAAACUUCCCCGCCGACCCGCAUCCCCGCUCCCUCCUCCUGGCCAGCAGCGGCAGCAGCGGCAGCGGCAGCACGGGCUGCAGCCCCGGUGGCGGUGGAGGCGGCGGCGGCUCCAGGGGACCCCAAGAAGAGUUGUCCAUGUUUCAGCUGCCCACCCUCAACUUCUCCCCGGAGCAAGUGGCCAGUGUCUGCGAGACGCUGGAGGAGACCGGAGACAUAGAGAGACUGGGCAGGUUCCUCUGGUCGCUGCCCGUGGCCCCGGGGGCAUGCGAGGCCAUCAACAAGCACGAGUCCAUCCUGCGCGCCCGGGCCGUGGUGGCUUUCCACACGGGCAACUUCCGCGACCUCUACCACAUCCUGGAGAACCACAAAUUCACCAAGGAGUCCCAUGGCAAGUUGCAGGCCAUGUGGCUCGAGGCGCACUACCAGGAGGCCGAGAAGCUGCGGGGGCGCCCGCUCGGCCCGGUUGAUAAAUACAGGGUGAGGAAGAAGUUCCCGCUGCCCCGGACCAUUUGGGACGGCGAGCAGAAGACGCACUGCUUCAAGGAGCGGACUCGCAGCCUCCUGCGGGAGUGGUACCUGCAGGACCCUUACCCCAACCCCAGCAAGAAAAGGGAACUGGCGCAGGCCACCGGCCUCACCCCCACGCAGGUCGGCAACUGGUUCAAGAACCGGCGGCAGCGAGACCGGGCGGCCGCGGCCAAGAACAGGCUCCAGCACCAGGCCAUAGGACAGAGCGGCAUGCGGUCGCUGGCCGAGCCCGGCUGCCCCACGCACAGCUCGGCCGAGUCCCCGUCCACGGCGGCCAGCCCCACUACCAGCGUCUCCAGCUUGACAGAAAGAGCCGAGACUGGCACGUCCAUCCUCUCGGUAACCUCCAGCGACUCGGAAUGUGAUGUAUGAUAGAGGCAAGCCUCCCGGCCAAGCGACCAAGCUACCCCGUCCCCCACCCAAAGCCAACCAAGCCAAACCAAACCCAGCCCUAGCAUCAGGACACACACGCACGCACACACGCACACCGCCCGAGCAGAGCGAGGCAGCAGCCAGAGACAGGGACCAGAGCCGAGACCCUACCGCCGCCGCCACCGCCGAGAGAUGGAGCUCCCACUUGGACAGGCAGUCACACACGCCGGUGCUGCAGCGGGGGGGGAUGAUAAUCAUGAUAUUAACAACAGCAGCAGCAACAACAACAAAAAAACACACACCACAAAAAAAAGUGACAAUUGUAUUCUUUUUAGGACGAGCACGGUUUUCUCCUUUGCGCUUUUCCAUGGACGCAUUUCACCCACUUGCAUGAUGAUGAUGAUGAUGAUUAAAUUUGUAUCUGGGAAAAAAUAUUCUCUAUAGUAAAGAAAAGCAACACACAACAACAACAACAACAACAACAACAACAACAAAAACGCCGAUCGAAUUUGUACAAAAAAAAAUUAAAAAAAAUUAAAAAGGAACUCCUUGAAGAGGGAAAUAACAAAUGUUUAUCGCCUUUUUGUUGGUUCUCUUUCUCUCUCUCUCUCUCUCUCUCCCCCUGUCUCCUUAUCUCUCUCUUUCUCUGUUUUUUUUUUAAGUCCAAGUGAUGGUCCCGCCAAGAUGCAAUCUUCUGUUUUUUUGUUCAGCAGACAAUCAUUUUAUUCGUAAGCACCUUUUUUCUACACUUCUGUCACUGCCUCUGUGGGUACUGGUUAUAAAUGUGGAAAAAGAAUAGUUACGACUGUAACAGAUUUUUAUUUUUAUUUCAAAAUUUUAUAUGAAUUAUGUAUAUCUUAAUGAUGCGGUCAUUUUCCCAGUUUGUAAUAUAUGUGUAGAAAUGCCUGUAUAUGAUAUUUACUCUGCUCUUUCUUUUUUCCUCUCUCUUGCUCUCUGUCUUCUGCCCUCCCACCCUCUCUCUCUCUCUCUUUCUCUCUCUCUCUUCUUUUUAUUUUCCUAGACUUUGUGUUCCUUGCACAAACUUAGCUGUCAAGAGCUGACGUGCUAGGUUUUAAAAAGGGACCUCAGCGAUAGAAGAAAAGCUUAGGGUGCAACUGUAGUUAUCUUAUGCAAAAGCUAUUUUGAGUAUUUCCUAGCAGCUUUGGGGUCUCUUCUUAAACUCCACGUAGGACGCUUAUACUAUUGUUUCCUUAACUGCGUGUUUAUCUAUAUGUACAAACUUUCUAAAUCAAAUACAGUAUUCCAUUUUCUUAUCUAUUCAGCGAUGUUGGUGUUUUUGUCUAUUGCAAAAUAUAUCCAUCUCUGUAUAUAUUGCCCCCUACAUCUUAACUGAGACAUGAUUUUUAAGCCGUGCUUGGUUAGGUGAGUCAGUCCGGAUUAUUCACGUUUCUCUGUGCUAAGCUCGGAGGCUGCCUUGGCAGCGCACACCAGUGGAA